AUGUUCAAGUUCAACUUCUCUGCUGCAGACCUCGAAGUCGAUGAGGAUAUCUCUCAACAAGAACAAGACGACCAAGUCAACGACGACGAGCUCUCAAAACCCCUCUCCGCCCUUUCCGUUUCAACAGCCACACCAGUCGUCCCCGCCGCACAACUUAACAUCCACUCCCUAUCCUGCAUCCACAGCCUCCCCUCAACCCUCCACUACGAACUCGCCCAGAUCCCCGUCCUCCACCAGGGGACCGGUGCCGGAACUGCGAUUGCUACCGAUAUCAAGACAGGAGCCCAGAAGGAGAUUGUGACGAUUUAUAAGCGGAACUUGGAGGAUGUCAAGUUCCAGAUUAUUCAGGAGGAUGAUGAGUUUGACGAUGAGAAGAAGCAGGAGAAGGAGCAAGGGACGAUUACAGGCCCAGGAGGUGUAGAGAUGUUGGCGUUGGCAGGGAAGAGUGAUUUAGUCAAGGGUGUCUAUGAGGGAGGGCUCAAGACUUGGGAGUGUGCCCUGGAUCUGGUCGCCUAUCUUGCUGAUCAGAAGCACAACUAUGACGGCCAGAAAGUCCUGGAGCUCGGAUGUGGAUCGGCGUUGCCAGGAAUCUAUGUGUUGACACAAUCCAACACUGUGCAGGUCGAUCUCCAGGAUUACAACGAUCAGGUCCUCAAAUUCGUCACCAUCCCCAAUGUCCUCCUCAACACUCACGUCCGCCCUGACCAGCAGCCCCAGGAUGAAGAAGAAGAAGAAGAGAAAGAAGAGAAACCUGAAUCCAAGGAACCCCGCGCAGAAGGCGAGGAAGGCGAAGACGACGACGACGAGGAAGAAGAAGACGCCGAACCAGAAAAGAACCCCGAUGACGGCGACUUUGACAACAUCGAACUCGACCUGCCCGAUUCCGAUGAGGACCGCCUGGCGCUGAUGAAGAAGGUCGAGGCUCAAUCCCGGUUCUUCCUCGGCGACUGGUCAGGACUUGUGGAGCUCCUUGGAUUCAAGUCGGACGAGGACAAGUAUGAUUUGAUCCUGACAAGUGAGACUAUCUAUGCGGAGGAGUCCCACCAAAAGCUGUAUGCUACCAUCAAGAACUCCCUCAAGCGCGGCGGCAAAGCACUGGUGGCUGCAAAGACGUUUUACUUUGGAGUUGGAGGCGACAUCUUGUCUUUCCGGAGACUGAUCGAGCAGGACGGCGUCUUUGAUAUUAAGGUCGUCUUCUCUGCCCAAGCAUUCGUCCGUCGCGAGAUCCUCGAACUCACCUUCAAGGCAUAA